CUCUAAGUCAUCUCUACUAUGACUUAGGAAAAUGAAGAAGCUUCACAUUACAAAAAAUGUUAAAUAUUAAACACUAGAAUAACCUGCAACUGACUCAAAGGAGUGUCAACAGUCCCCAGAAGUGGCCCCAAACCAAAGAAGUUAUCAGCUGUAACAGGAAGGCUGCACACCAAACUUAGACAUGUAACUCUUAGAGCUACAUGAUGAAAUCAGGCUGAAAACACUCGACACAGUAAACAGAAGUAGCUGAUCAAACGAUCAAAAACAGGAAACACAAGUGGCAAGUAGACAUUUAACUGCCCUCGUUAGACUGCUUAAUUUACUGGCCCUAUGAGUGAAGCACUCCCAAACCUGUAGAACCAGAUCCAACCACUGUAGACCUUCACAAACCACAGGCAGCAGUGCAACUGUUAAAGACUGUCAUGCAGUAGGAGGGUGAGGAGCAAGAAGAGAGGAGCGGCAGCAUUAUGAAGCUUCACAACAAUGAGUUCUAUAACGCAGUAAAGGAUGAAGACUUGGAACGUAUGGAGGGCUGCUCAAGAAAGUAUGGCAGCAACUGUCUCAUCCAGAUGCAACAGAGAUUACCAGGAGAAGUCCUCUGGAAGGGCUUUGCUGUCCUACCUCUUCAUCUGGCAGCAUCUAACAGAAGAAUGAAGAGUAUGCAGUUCCUGCUCUCUGCAGGGGCAGACCCUGAAAUGAGGAACCAGUAUGGUCAAACAACUCUACACAUGGUGAUCGCCAGUUGGCCAAACAUUUUUACUGGUUCGCCAAAACCAGGAUCCAAAUUCCCAACUGCUGUGAUCAGUGCACGGAGGCAGGCAGAGGCAUGUCUGCAGCUUCUCUGUGAGCAUGGUGUUAACGUCAAUGCAGAGGUGGAGGGAGAGGGUCACCAAAGAGCGCUCCACUUGUCAGUGCGCUUUGCAGCACAUUCUGCUGUCCAUAUUCUCUCCAGCUAUGGGGCUAAUGUUGAUGCUGUGGACGACAGCGGGAUGACCCCCUUGCAUAUGGCUGCUGGGAUGCUACGUAAAGACCAUAUUGUGAGCUUGAUCCAGGAGGGAGCUGAUGUAAACACGGGGGUGAAGCACUCUGAAAACACUCCUCUGCACCUUGCUGCCAUGACAGUCGCCAUGAGAACCAGUAAAACCCUGAAUGACGACAUUGGCUGCAUCUCUGCUCUGCUCGAGCAGGGAGCGGAGGUCAACGCGGAGAACAAAGCCGGUAUGACGCCCUUACAGCAAGCGUGCAGCAUGGGCAACGAGGAGCUGGUGGACCUGAUGCUGAGACACGGAGCCAACAUCAACAAGCUCAGCACAUCAGGGGAGAACUGUCUCUUCCUGUUCCUGAACCAAAGACAUAAUGUGCAGAACAACUCUCUGCUGGUUAAACUCCUCAGUCUGAUCUCCCCGCUCACUGUCUACGACCACAACAGCCUCCUGCCCUACACUCUGUCGCUGCCUUGUUUCUUCAGACAGAGGGACCAACUACUCACACUCAUUCAGCAGCCAAGGAGGCUGCAGGAUAUUUGCAAGUGUGACAUUUAUCUAAAAUAUGUUCAAGGGAACAGAGAAGGGCUGAGAGAAAUCCUGCCUGAGAAGAUGUAUGACUUUGUGUUCAACAACUGGGAGAAUUUAAACGACAUUUCCUUUGAGAUGGACGGUGAGCAGCACUUAUUUAAUGACCUUUUUGGCAUGUCUCCUAGUUGACACAUGUACAGGUUUGCAUUUGAUUCGAUGAGCCUCAAACCUACAAACACAUGCUGAUGAAAUAAAGUCUGCCAAGAGAACCUUACCUUAAGGUCUCUGUGUAUGAUUCCUCUAGAGUGAAUGUACUCCACUCCUUCAAGUAUACUCCUCAGCAGGCGGAGCGUGUGUUCAGCGUCAACACACCAAUAAGGCACUGAAAGUAGAAAUGUAUGAUGCAUUUACGCAACAAAUUUAAAUUUCCAGAAGUUAAGUCACUUUUAAAUGUAAAAUACACUUUCAUUACAUUAGCAGUUAUUUGUAAUUGACAGUAAACUGAUUGGCAGUCUAACGUUGUGUGCCUGCCUCUUGAGAUAACCUGUAUCAAUUAAUAAAUAUGUUCAAUAUUUA